GAUAAAUUAGUAGCAACAAUAUUGAUGGUGUACCCAACAAAAACAAAUCUACAAAAUUCGGGGAAAUGACGGAAGCGAAGACCCGCGGCAAAACGUGGAGAGCAAAAAUUCGAUGAGAAAAUGUUUUACCAUUGUCCCAAAAUCUAACAAGGUGACAGCCUUGCACACAUUUAACCUCAACGUGAGCUCAACUGCAUCAUCUGAGUUUCUUUUUUCAUUUAAUACCGCCACGUUUGAGGUCAGACCAACCGCUCCUUUGGUUUCAAUUCCUUCACCGGCUUCCUGCGUGAAUACAUGUCUUCUCUCUCCCCCAUUAUUGUCUUCAACUUCUGCUACGUACAUACAAAUUAAUCCAGAUACAUCUAUCAACGGACCUAGCUGGAAAUAUGGAGCACACCCACAAGAACCAUCUUCUACCCACCAGCUCCAAGAGUUCAAAAACAGCUCAAUAAUAGAGGAGCAGGGGGUUUUGAGCAGCCCAAUACAAGCAACGAUUAUAUUUAUAAUAUGCCUGCGGUUUUUGAAUAUUAUACUAUAUUUAUAUUGUGCUCUCUGCAACUUCUGUAAUGAUUUCACGUGAGGGGUUGCCUCCUCUGCCUCGGAUUCAGCUUCAAAGUUCGCCUCUCAUGGGCAUAGUGCUGUUCUGGUGAGCAAGUUGAGUAGAUUUUCUAUUACUUUUAAGUUGUUCGAUCUAAAUGCAAAUGCUGUUUCUUUUGUUGACUAAAUAAGUGAAUUAUUAUGCUGGGUGCUGAAGAUGUAGAUCUGAAAGGUAGUACCAACUGCGGGUUUUUGGAUCUAUGAUCUCUGAGUUCAUUUGUAUGAUCUCCGAGUUCAUUUGCAUUUUACAGUACAGGAAGCGGCAUUUGCCUUCCCAUAUCAAGAUCAUGCACUCAUGGAGGUGCCAUUUUCUAUAUCUACUCUUCUGCUUAUUUUCAGCAGCUGCCGCAUCGAGUGAUGCGGAAACGCUAUUAACUCUCAAGUCAGCCGUCGAUCCCCGGAACACUCUGCCGUGGCCGCAAGGAAGCAACGCUUGUAAAUGGCGAGGGAUUAAAGAAUGCAUGGACGGAAGGGUUACUAAACUCGUACUUGAGUAUCUAAACCUCAGCGGCACUCUAGACGGAAAAACUCUCAAUCAGUUAGAUCAGCUUCGUGUUUUAAGUUUCAAAGGCAACUCACUUUCCGGACAAAUCCCUAAUCUCUCCGGUCUGCUCAAUCUCAAAUCUCUCUUCCUUAACACAAACAAUUUCUCCGGCUCUUUUCCAGAUUCAAUCACAGGCCUACACCGUUUAAAAGUUAUUGUUUUAGCUGAAAACCAAAUAUCCGGUCCACUCCCGGCGUCUCUCCUCAAACUUUCCCGGUUAUAUAUGCUUUACUUACAAGACAACAGGUUCACCGGAGCCGUUCCGCCGCUGAACCAAACUAGUCUCAGGUACUUUAAUGUGUCUAGCAAUCAGCUCUCAGGUCAGAUUCCGGUGACCCCAGCGUUGAUCAGGUUUAACGGUUCAUCUUUCUCCGGAAAUGCCGGUAUAUGCGGGGAACAGAUUGGAAAAGCGUGUAAGAGUAUAGAGCUUGGGCCGUCGGCGAGCCCUGGUGGCGGCGGCUCAAAGUCGUCGAAGCGGGGUAAAUUGAUCAAGAUUAUCGGAGGUAGUGUGGGUGGGUUUUUGGUGGUUUGUUUAAUAUUGUUAGGUUUGGUUUGUGUGUUCCGCAAGAAGAGGGGGAGAGCGGAGGAGGUAAGAAGUAAAGGCAAGGAGGAGGCGGUGGAUACAGGCGGCGGCGGAGAGAGUGGCAUGGGAGGUAAUAACAGUGGGAGACGAGGUGGGUUUUCAUGGGAAGGAGAGGGAUUAGGUACAUUAGUGUUCCUGGGAGCAGGUGAUCAGCAGAUGGGCUACAGUUUGGAGGAUCUGCUGAAGGCGUCAGCAGAGACGUUAGGGAGAGGGAGCGUUGGGAGCACGUACAAAGCAGUGAUGGAGUCUGGGUUCAUCGUGACCGUUAAAAGACUGAAAGAUGCAAGAUAUCCGAGGGUGGAGGAAUUUAGGAGACACAUGGAUGUUCUUGGUAGAUUAAGACAUCCAAAUCUGGUCCCACUGAGGGCUUAUUUCCAGGCGAAGGAGGAACGCCUGCUUGUAUUUGAUUAUUUCCCUAACGGCAGUCUCUUCUCUCUCCUUCACGGAACCAGAACUUCAGGUGGUGGAAAGCCUCUUCACUGGACUUCUUGCCUCAAAAUAGCUGAGGACUUGGCAACUGCCCUGCUACAUAUCCACCAGAACCCUGGCUUAACCCACGGAAACUUGAAAUCCUCCAAUGUGCUUUUAGGCCCUGAAUUUGAGUCCUGCCUCACAGAUUAUGGUCUUACAGUGUUCCGAGAUCCAGAUGCGGUCGACGAAUCCAGUGCUACUUCUCUUUUCUACAAAGCUCCUGAAAGUAGGGAUGUGCGAAAACCAUCCACCCAACCAGCUGAUGUCUACAGCUUCGGCGUUCUGCUCUUGGAGCUUUUGACGGGGAAAACUCCAUUCCAGGACCUUGUUCAGGAACACGGUUCAGACAUUCCUCGGUGGGUUCGGUCAGUACGCGAGGAAGAGACAGAAUCCGGGGAUGAGCCUGCCUCAGGUAACGAGGCAGCAGAGGAAAAACUGCUAGCUCUUGUAAAUGUUGCAAUGGCAUGUGUCUCAAUUGCACCAGAAAAUCGGCCAUCAAUGAAGGAGGUGUUAAAGAUGAUAAGGGAUGCGAGAGCGGAGGCUCAAGUAUCAUCAAAUAGCAGCGACCAUUCACCGGGAAGAUGGUCCGACACAGUUCAGAGCCUGCCUAGAGAAGAACAUUUGAGCAUUUGAGUGGUUUAGUAGCAUUUUUGAACAUUUAUUCUUCAGCUAGGCACUUGUGUAGAGUCUUGUGAUGUAAAGUUACCACUUCUAUUUUUAGUUUUUCUUCCUUUCAAUUAUCAUUAGUAUCUUAGGCAGGGAUAUAAGGUUGAGUUGCUUAAAUUAAUUCAGAAUUUGAUUUGAUUUUA